CCCCAAUCCCAAGGAGAUACUGCUGUGCUGUGCUUUUCUGUCCUGACAGAUGCUAAGGUCUAUAGGCUGUUUUUUAUUCCUAACUGUACAGAAGAGGCCAGGAGAGCCCGCAUGUUUGUUGACUGAAUAAGUGAGGGAAGAAAGGAGAGAACAAACAUGAAAACUAGAGAUGAGAGCUACACACCAUCUAGUCCUGCCUCUUUGCUUUACACUAGGCAUGGGGAAACUAAAGGCUGAGGUCAGCCAGGAGGUCAGGGGUCAGAGCUCCCAGACAAGAACACUUCCUUCCAGGUUCUGGGUUACCUGGUGCCUGUGGGUUCCAGGACAGGCGGAGACAGGUUUCGGGCCCUGGGGGCUCCAGAGUGAACCCAGUGAGCAGUCAGGGAGUGUAUAGGUGACAGCUGAGGCUUCAUGGUCCUUUGCUUGUCCUUCUUCCAGUACCCUCAGCUCCCAAGCUCUGGCCCUGUGGCCUGGUAGAACUAGCCGACUGGUGCUGACAAUCCACUGCCCUUUGACUUAGGCUCCACAGAAUCAGUCUGUCCCCACUGUCUGCUCACACAGGCCAGGCUCCAGCCUCCGGCAUUUCCCAAAUGUCACUGUGGUCGCUGUACUGCCCCUGCUCUUGACCAGUGAGUAUGAGUCACUGGUGGGGGCCAGCUCACUCUUCACCCUCCUUUACCACCUGCAGUGACAGAUGAGCAUGCUGAGGCUCCUGAGGUCUAGGGCUGUAGCAGCAUCCAGAGCAGGAGGGGCCUGGCCUCCCUAGGGGCCUCGGUCAUACACAGCAGACAUCCUUAGAACAGGAACCAGAGUGUUCCUGGAGUGCCCAGCCUGAGGGCCCAGUGCUGCAGGGUCUUGGGUGUGUGACCAGGGAGGGGGCUGCAAGGUAAACUGAUCUGGUUGUCAGAGGAUAGUAGUGGAGCGUGCAGAGCUGGGUGGUACCCGAAGACACACAUGCAGAUACAGACACAGAGACGCACAGAGACACAUAAAUGUACAGAGACACACAGAGACACAUAAAUUUAGACACACUCAGAGACACAUAAACAUAGGCACAUGCAGAGACACAGAUACAGAUAGACAAACUCAACAGAGACACUUCCAGAGAUACACACCACCCCAAAGUGGCACUGGUGUGAGCAUGCCAGGGCCUGCUCCAUGUGGACUGUAUGUGAACACCUGUGCCCAUGGGAGGUAGACAGGUAAGCUAUUGAUUUUUUAAAAAUGUAAGUUAGGUAAUUGAUCAUUGAACUCUCUUAUUAGUUUGAACAGAUUUUUAGUUUGGCUUGCUGGAUAAUAUAAGAAAUUAAUCAUAUUACUUGUACUUAAGGAACAUUCCGUCUCUUUAUUUCUAAUCUAUCUUUUAUUUUCUUAUUGUGUUUUCUAAAAAGUACAAAGUAACAUUAAAUAAUGGCACUUGUCUUUGGCUUGAUCUUCACUUUACUGAGAAGGCCUCUGGUGUUUUGCUAAGUCUGAAAUUGGCCCUGUAUUUUAAGUAGGUAUUUUCCAUCCUGAGAAGUACACACCACCCCUGCGUUACCCAUAAAUGCCAAGCGUGUACACUAAGAUGGAUAUUCAGUUUCAUCAAAGGCUUUCCUAUAUCUAGCAAAACCAUCAACUGCCUUUCCUCCUUGGGCCUAUUAAUGUGUUGACUUAUUAACUUUUUAAGCUGAAUCAUUCUCCUGUUCCUGGAAUGAAUCCCGUUGGGUCAGGCUCUAUUGUGCUUAAAAAUGCUUCUGGGUCAUUUUCCUGGUAUGUUGGGAUGUUGCUUCGGGUAUUUUCAUCUAUAUUCAUAGGAAACUAUGCCCCAGACGUCUGCUGUCUUCUCUGGCUUCCUUGGGCCCAGCUGUAGCGGACAGGUGCAGCCUGGCAUGGGGGAGCGGGGAGGCGGGGCCAGCGGUGGCUCCGGGGACCUCAUCUUCCAAGACGGACGCCUCAUCUCUGGGUCCCUGGAGGCCCUAAUGGAGCACCUGGUCCCCACGGUGGACUAUUACCCUGAUAGGACGUACAUCUUCACGUUCCUCCUGAGCUCCCGAGUCUUCAUGCCCCCUCAUGACCUGCUGGCCCGAGUGGGGCAGAUUUGCCUGGAGCAGAGGCAGCAGCUGGAGGCUGGGCCUGAGAAGGCCAAGCUGAAGUCCUUCUCAGCCAAGAUUGUGCAGCUUUUGAAAGAGUGGACAGAAGCUUUCCCUUAUGACUUCCAAGACGAGAAGGCCAUGGCUGAGCUGAAGGCCAUCACGCACCGUGUCACCCAGUGUGAUGAGGAGAACGGCACAGUGAAGAAGGCCAUUGCCCAGAUGACACAGAGUCUGCUGCUGUCACUGGCUGCCCGGAGCCAGCUCCAGGAACUGCGAGAGAAGCUCCGGCCACCAGCUGUGGACAAAGGGCCUGUCCUCAAGGCCAAGCCACCAGCCACCCAAAAGGACAUCCUGGGUGUGUGCUGUGACCCUCUGGUGCUGGCCCAGCAGCUGACUCACAUCGAGCUGGACAGGGUCAGCAGCAUCCACCCUGAGGACCUGAUGCAGAUCAUCAGCCACAUGGACUCCCUAGACAACCGCAGGUGUCGAGGGGACCUGACCAAGACCUACAGCCUGGAGGCCUAUGACAACUGGUUCAACUGCCUGAGUAUGCUGGUGGCCACAGAGGUGUGCCGGGUGGUGAAGAAGAAGCAUCGGACCCGGAUGUUGGAGUUCUUCAUCGACGUGGCCCGAGAGUGCUUCAACAUUGGGAACUUCAACUCCAUGAUGGCUAUCAUCUCUGGCAUGAACCUCAGUCCUGUGGCACGGCUGAAGAAAACCUGGUCCAAAGUCAAGACAGCCAAGUUUGACGUCUUGGAGCACCACAUGGACCCAUCCAGCAACUUCUGCAACUACCGCACAGCCCUGCAGGGGGCCACGCAGAGAUCCCAGAUGGCCAACAGCAGUCGGGAGAAGAUCGUCAUCCCUGUGUUCAACCUCUUUGUUAAGGACAUCUACUUCCUGCACAAAAUCCACACUAAUCACCUCCCCAAUGGGCACAUUAACUUCAAGAAAUUUUGGGAGAUCUCUAGACAGAUCCACGAGUUUAUGACAUGGACUCAGGUGGAGUGUCCCUUUGAGAAGGACAAGAAGAUUCAGAGUUACCUGCUUACGGCGCCUAUCUAUAGUGAGGAAGCUCUCUUCAUCGCCUCCUUUGAAAGUGAAGGUCCUGAGAACCACAUGGAGAAGGACAGCUGGAAGAACCUCAGGACCACCCUCCUUAACAGAGCCUGAGGUGCCAACGCAGCUGCAGAGUGGAUGGAGCACACGCACCAAUCAGUGUGAACCUCGAGUGAUGUGGGCAGAGCUGAGGUGGCCUCACUGGUUGGGGUCCAUUUUGUAUAUAACUUUUAUGAGAAGAAAAUGGUAAUUAUUUCAUGCAUCAGCCUUUGGCACUUAUAAAGUUUUUUUGUUUAUUUUAAAUAACAGGGCAGGGCCCUGCUUUGGGGAGGGGUGGGGGAAAGAGUAUCAUGGGAGAUGGCAUCCAUGAUAGCGUCUUAUUCUGAUGAAAUGUAGAUUUUUAUUUUCUACUUUUGAUUAUUAACAUCUUAAAAAAAUUUUACAAAACCCAACCAAAACCAACGUGAGCCCUGCCUGCUUGGACGCCUUUCCAGCCAGUGUCUCUGAUGUCGGGGUUAGUGCCUUAGAGGGUACUGGGGCUGUCUUCCUGCUCUGCCAUGAAGCGCUGGCCCUCCCGAGCCUGGGCCUUAGGGCUCCUGCAGGGGCCCCAUGGCCUGAAGGUCUCAUCUGCACACUUCUGGAAGCCCUUUGGGUGUGGGCUUUCCAAAGUUUACAUUUUUAUUUUCCUUUGUCAGGGAUUUGUGGGGUCAGGGAGGGGCAAGGGCACCUGGCUGCAUAUUUUCUAUAAGAAUGUGUCUGGCAGAUGGUUCUCCAACACACUUUAGAAAUAAGGAAAUCUAAAAUAAUGUAAGGGAGGGAGUUGUGGAAUUGUCAGUUUGAAAGACACUGAGCUGUUAUGAGCCAAAGCAGGCUCUGGGACAGUGACAACGCAGAGUUGAUCUCAAAGCCCAUGUACACAAAGAGGGAAGCCCAAGAGCCAGUGUUCUAGAGGUCUGGUUCCCUCCCACAAUUAGAAUCUGAAACACAAAAUCCACCAUGCUGGAACUGAUGGAGCCCAUUCAGAUGACACUGCCCUGCGCUGGGAGGUAUUUUUCUACACCCAGCCUAGAGGAGCACACUCUAUUUUCCAUGUCUGACCUCCUAGUGUGAGCCCUGGGCCUACUGAACAAGGACAGGAUGGCUCUCCCUCAGAAAGCCAGAGGUGGUCUGUCUCCCUAUUUACCCUUGUCCCUCCCCACAUGCCUGGCUUCAGGAAGCCUGGGUUAAGGAUGGGCCAGGUCCCAUUUCCCGAAGCUCUGUGGAGAGCCUGGAGACCCACAGGCUGGCCUGGGGAGACGGUGACUCUGGGCCCACUGCACUGCAGCCCUGGGCAGAGCGAGAAUAGUUACACUGUAUUGUCACAGUGUGUUUGCACUUUCCCACGUCCUAGCUAGUACAGAUUGUAUAUUGAUAGUACAUAUUGCUUUGUUUAUGUCUUUGAGAUAAAGGCUUAAAACUUGAGAAUAUAUAUUUGGAAUACAGUGUUAGAACGUUUUCUGUACACGUGUUCAAGGGCCUUCACAUCCACGUGCACUUCAUGGGUGACCAGUUCUACUUGAAGUAGUGUCUGCGUCUGCUACUUUAUUUUCCCAAUUUGAUAACAUACCUUAAAUUUGAUGUUUUGGUAUUCUGAGAUGAACUCUUGAGUAUAAAGCUGUACCAUAACGCAGGAUGUCAGUUUUGGUGUGACUGGACAUACUUGCAUCAAUAAAAGAACACAUCGCUCCCCUG